AUGGCUGCCGCCGCGCGGGGGGGCAUGCGCAGAUCCCCAAUGCCUUUACAAAUGUGCCUGCUCUUGGCUUUGGCUGGCCUCAUCUGCCUUUCGAUCACACGUGCCGAUAAUCCAACCAUUGGCGGCGUCUCCGUCUGGGAACGUGUCCUGGAGCUGGAAAAUGCCGAUGAUGAGGAGGAUAUUGUGCUCGUCGGGAGCUGGGAUACCAGCUCCGUGCCCGGUUAUAGCAACACCUGCCAGUACGCCACCGGUGCCGCUGGAAAUGGCGAUGCUAGUGCCACCUUCUAUGUGCGCGUUCCCGACCCCGACUACUACGAAGUUCUGCUGUCCUACUGCAGUCACAUCAAUCGCUCGCCUGAGAUUGAGGUCAUCAUUGCCCCAGGACUCGUGUCUGCCGACACGUACUUCAACGAGUCAUACACCUUCAUCGUCAACCAGUCUGCUCCAGAGCAAGAGGGUCAUCAGAUUCGUCUGCAAUCGCGCUACAUCAACGAAGGUGCCCUCACCGUCAUUGUGCGCCACAAAGAUCCAAACUACCGGAAGGGCACUCUCUCGCUGGACGCCAUUCGUGUACGCCAAGGCAUUCUUGUUGACUCCCAGGAAUCAGAGGUGGAGCUGUAUGACCUGGUGGGGCGUCAAGAUGCCGUCAACGCGACUUUCAACAUGCCCAUUGAUGAAGUAGGCUACUACGGCGUGUAUUUUGACAACUUUCACAGUGGCAACACGCUCAGUCCCAAUGUCCCCGUCCAAGUCUCCACCGCUGGCAGCUGGGUGUUUGUUGGCUCUUUUCGCAUGAGCCCGGCCAACAACAAAGUCGUCGUCUUUGGCUCGGGCACUUCCAAGGCCGUGGUUCUGGACGCGUGCUACCUGCUACAUCAUGAAAUCCUUGACACCGAGUCGACUGGUGUUACCGUUUCUGGCAGCUGGCGUAGCAGCAGUGCCAUUGAUGGCUACGUUGGCGUCGAUUAUCUGGUGGUUCAGGGCUCCAACGACGAUGACGCCUUUGUCGAGUAUCCUUUUCAGGUGGCCAAGGACGGGCUCUAUACACUAGAGGCAACUUAUCGUGGAGGUCUUGAGUCGGAUACCACGGACGAUCGUUCGAGCCGCAUUCAGGUCAUGACCACCUCGGCCUUUGGGGCCCAGCUCAGCGUAUUCAUGGACCAAACAACGAGCCUGAAUGGAUGGGAGUACAAAACUCUGGGCUAUUUCAGCUUGCCCGAGGGCACUACUCGGGUUCGCGUCCGAGCCAAGAACACUGGCAGCCUCUACACAGUUGCCGAUGCCAUGCGGCUUUCACCCAUUGAAAGCUUUACCAUCGAUUCAUCCAACUCUGAGCAACUCUCUUUUUUCGGAUCAAAAACCGUUUCUGACCGCACAAUGGAGGCCAUUGGAGGAGACUUUCUCAUCUUUUCCAAAGACGAAAACCCGAGUGCCGCUGUUCGCGCCACCUUGCCCACGCUUCGCGGUUUUGCCAUCAUGGAUCUCUACCUUCGCUUCCCACCUUAUGCCACCGCGUGCACGAACGCGUCUAUUAGCGUGUACCAGUACACCAACGAUCCGAAUCCCCGAACCAUGUACAUUGAUCAGUCAACCCAGACCAACGCCUGGAUUGAUAUCGGCCAUGUUCUCAGCGGCCCCAGCGCAGCGUCCGUGCGCCUCGUGUGCCUUGGAACUGGCAGCUUGAUCUUUGACGGUCUGAUGUUUCGUUUCAAGCAAAUGGUUCCGACCCUGGCCCUCGACAACGAGGAGGGCCUUCCCAACGUGAUCAAUGGGCCCGGCUUUAUCUUCUCCAACGCCAAUACCCCCUAUGAUGGCUUUGGCUACAGCUACACCCGUCAACAAACAUCGGCACGUUACAUGUUUACAGCGCCCGUGGCGGGCACUUAUGCUCUGUAUCAUCGAUACACUCUGAGCCCCAACCGAGGCACCAACGUGGCAAUCACCCUCGCUGACAGCCAAGGUGGUAGCCAGACCGGCAUUGUGGAUCAAACCGCUGGCACCGGGUUUACGCGAGUCAUGACAGCCGACGUACCAGCGGGCGGUGUCAACGUGACGCUCUACAACGAUCCAUCUCUGAGCCGCUAUACGAUCGCAGACUCCAUGUACCUUGUCUUGAUCAGCGAAAGCUGUGACGGAUUAAACUUUGAGCGCGAUCCGCGCGACCUUGUAGUUCCGCGCUGCCUACCUCUCGACACGUGCAAGCCUGGCUCCUUUCUUUCUGGUGCAGAUUUGUGCGAGUAUUGUGCAGAGGGCUACUACACGGCAACAGAGAAUCAGACCGAGUGCCAGCGCCACACUGUCUGUGCGGCAGGCGAGUCAGAGCAGGUCGCGCCCACUCGUACUUCAGAUCGAGAGUGCGCAUCGUGUGCAGAUGGCUCCUUCAACACGGAUGGGCAAGGCAGCUGCCAGCCCUGCGCAGUCAGUUGCCCGGCCUCGCAAUAUAUUGAUUCACCUUGUGUCCCAACAUCGAACAUCACCUGCGCGGAUUGCGGCAGCUGCGUCAUUGGCCAAUUCAUUGCCAAGCCCUGCGGCGCUGAUUCCAAUACCGUGUGUGGGUUUUGUGAUGGCGUCACCAACUUCUCGAGCACCUUCAACGCGGAUUCGUGCACCAAAACAACGCCCUGCCCGGCUGGCAAUUACAUCACCGUUCCCGCCACGCCCACCUCGGACUUGACUUGCGUUGCAUGCUCACGCUACGAGGUGGAUGAUGACGAGAACCCCACAACGCCUUGCGUCUACGCCUUGGUAGCCCAGGUGCCGCAGUACAUCCAGACGAUUGCCGAUGCAGCUACCCAGAUUGCGAGUGGCACGUUUACUGCUACGGGCGAUUACUGCCAGUCCUCAAGCGACGUCAAUGCCGCUGUGGACUUUUACUUUGACUUGGAAGAGGACAAUCACUAUCAACUCCUGAUGAGCUACUGCGAGGGUGAUAUGAACAGCAAGAACGUGACAGUUCAAGUUUUUGCACCCAGCCAACCAAACGACAGACGCCUGACGGCCUCCAUCGAUGAGACCAUUGUGCCCAUGGCCAACCUUGUUCAACUGGACCCGGACAACAGCAUCGGCUCUGUACCAGUCAACUACUUGUACCUUCCCAAAGGACCCAUCCGUGUUCGCGUCUCGUCCACAUCAAUCAACUUGUCUGUGCACGCCAUUAUCCUGCGUUCGGGAAUCAUCAUCGACUCAGAAGAUGCAACCCAAGCUUCAUUCCUUGGCUCAAGUGCCAGUGACUUUACAUUUUCCAGUUUUUCGCCUGGCUUUGUGGGUACCGGCUACUAUGUGCACAGUCAUGACGAUCCCUCGGGGCCAGACGUCGGCGUUGUUUUUCGUCCCUCCUUGCCGCGUGCGGGCCAAUUCACGCUUCGCAUGAGCAAUCCUUCGUUGGGGACCAAUCUGGAUACGCUCACCAUCACGGUGCACCACCGCGACGGUCGCACGAUCGUGCCUUGGCUUCAGGGAGCCCAUGCGGGUACCUGGUUCAUCGUGGGUACAUUUGUCUUGGAUCCAGGCUGCAACAUUACUGCCACAACCGAGGGUGGCGGUCUAAUGGUCAUCGAUGCCAUGUGGCUUGAGGAGCUCGUCCAAAUGGAUAGCGAAGAGGAUAGCGCAAUUUUCGUUGGCGAGUGGCAAACGUCCACUUCGCGCUCUGGCUACCUGGGCUCCAAUUACCACUACGUGCGCGGCUCGGCAGCCCAAGUUGGGUAUCAUGCCGUCACAUACCCGAUGCGUGUGGUCAUUCCGGGGUUGUAUCAGCUGCAAAUGUCGUGGCGGGGCGAACCUGAUGAUGCCAUCACUCGGGCUCGUAACACCCCGGUCGUGCUGACGACCAAGGAAUCGGAGCUCAUACUAUCGGUUGACCAGAACGAAUAUCUGGACGAAGGCGCCUUUCGGGGGCUGGCUUUUGUUGAGCUGGAGGAAGGGGUCCUCAAUGUCACCAUCAACAACGUUGGUGCCCACCGCAUCUACACCAGUGACAUAUCCGUCGUCAUUGCCGACGCCGUUCGCCUCGUUCCCCACGAUGCCAUUGUGCUUCGUGCGGGUGAUGCCACAAGCUUUUACCCCAGCUCUGCUUGGACAACUGGGAGCACGGCUGGUGUUUUUGGUGCUAGCACGCGGGUCUCUUCCAGCACAAAUGCAAAGGUGACCUUCACUGUCCCCAAAACAGCUGGCCUGAUUGAGUAUGAGGUGUAUACGGUGUUUCAGCCAAGCUCCAGCCUCUCCACAGUGGUUUCCACGGCUCUGAUGUCAUCUUUCAGUGCGGUGCCAGUCACGGCGACGCUUAACCAGCGAACGGGAACCGCCACCUACCGGUCAUUGGGCCGCCAAAUUUUUGGCUACAACGAAGGCACCAUCACUUUGGAAUCCAGUGGGGGUGACAUCCUGAUCGACACCCUUGUUCUUGUCCCCCGGGCCGUCGUGCCUGCCGAGCUCGUGGACUUUGAAUACAGUGCUCGGGUUGAGCAGAAUGGUCUUUGGCUCAUAAGCCGCAGCAUCAGUGGAUUCAAUGGCGGCUUUUAUGCACACGAUAAUCGAACAAUGCAAGGCACCAAAUCGAUCACCUACAACUUUGACGUCUCCCACGAUGGCUUGUAUUCACUUCGCGCUUCUGCUCCCCGCGGAGAUUUAAACUACGAGCGGAAUACGCGGGCUGCGCUCCUUGUGACCAAUAAUGGACAGACGGUGUACAGUGGCAUCUAUAACACUUCGACCGGUUACGACAUGACCGAGCUGACCCAGCUCAAUCUGACGCGUGGCGUGCUUCGGGUUAUCAUCACCAACUCGGGCGACGCUGGUCGCUACACUGUUGUCGACGCCUUUGCUCUUACCAUGAUUGCAGAGACUUGUGAUCUGGUGAACACCGUGCCCGCUUCGGAUACAUCCUUCUUGGUCCCACGCUGCGUUGAUCAGCAGCCUUGCCCGGCCGGCCAUUUUCGCGCGGACCCUCUGAGUGCCUGUGAGCCUUGCGGAGCCAUGCAGUUCGUGGGUACGACAAACGCCUCUGAGUGCCAAGACUGGCAAGAUUGCGGCUUUGGAUCCUACAUCAGUGUCGAGGGUACAAGCACAACUGAUCGAGUGUGCGCCACUUGUGCCGACGGAUACUUCACCGACGAAAUCAACCUGGGCUUGUGCAAGACUUGCUCUUCGAGCUGCCCCUCGGGCUCGCACAUUGACGCCGCAUGCACGAUCUAUGGCGAUGUGACUUGCGAGCCUGAUACCAAUUGCUCGGCGGGACAUUAUCUGGCUGUUCAGGGCGACGGGGUUGUGGAUAACACCUGUCUGCCUUGUCAAGAUUGCCCCGCUGGAACAGCUGUGACGGUUGAAUGCACGCUGUUGACCAACCGCAAGUGUCGCGCCUGCGACCCGCUUCUCGAGUAUUCAACUUCCAUCAACUCUGAGUAUUGUCGCAACAACGUGCUCUCCUCCUGCCAGGUGGGCAGUGAAUUGACGGCUGCGCCCAAUGCUACGUUUGCUGGCACAUGCCGCCAAUGUGACGCGGGUACAACGGACCACGACGCGGACGUCACCACCCCCUGUCAAGCGUGCUCUGCUGGCUUUUUCAAGGAGGCUGGUGGUCGUGGCAAUUGCACUCAAUGCUUUGAGGGCCAGGCCGAUACGGACAGCAAUCCAGCCACACCUUGCGUGCGCUGUGCCGAUUUGGGCCGGUAUCAAGAUGUGGCUGGCCAAACAAAAUGCCUCGUGCCCACCGUAUGCGGGGCGGGCCAAGAGCAAGUGGCUCCAGCCACGGGUGUCAGCGACACGGAGGGCUAUUUCAAGAGUCGAGCGGAUCAAGUAACAGAUGUGUCCGUUUGCCAAGCAGUCAGCACAUGCGGUCAGGGCUAUUUCGAAGCAGCGGUACCAACCACUACCUCAGACCGAUUGUGUACCCAAGCGUCCAUUGCGCCCCUGUAUCUGGCUGUGCCCAGCGUUUUCGCCCAGCUGAUGCCUGAGGACUUGGAGGACAUUGUGUACCAAUCGAUCUUGAGCAGCAACUUCAGCGUUGAGACGGCUCUUGAGGUGGGCUUGCAGACGCGCGCACGCCGGGCCACUGCGAGCGUACUUCGCUCUUUCAACGUGUACUUUCGGAGCAACAGCAGCGCCGUGGCAUUUGGAAACUUUCUGACUGACCAAGGCUUGUUGAUCAUUUUCCCCGACAAUUCGACAAGCAUGGCCUCGGCGGUUCCCAUUGUGACAACUACAACGCGAGCUGCCACCGCGGCCACGGAGCCUGGUACCACGGCCAAUGCCGGUAGCUCUGCCGUGAAGAGCUCCUCCAACAAUAACGUGGCUGUGAUUGCCGUGGCUGCUGCCCUCGGUGUUGUGGUACUUGUGGUCGUGGUUGUGCUGGUCAUGCGCCAGCGCCGCAAGAAGGCGCGAAAAACUGCUGAAGCCCGCAGCGUGAUUGCCUUUGAGAAUCCCACUUACGCCGUCAAUGACCAGGAGGAAAAGUUUAAUCCCAUUUACGACAACGAUACAGUGGGGUUGGAAGAUCCGGGAUACAUGGAGCCGCCAGCUCACGCCAGUCCAGGUGACUUUGACGCCUUUGAAGGUGAUGCAGGCGAGGAGGGUGGCUAUCUCGAUCUGGAGGGCGCCAAUCAGGGUGGUGCUGCUGACAAUGGCUACCUCAAAUCGGACGAACUUGAGGCGGGCAUGGGCUUCGGCACUGAAGAGACGGCUCACGACGAGAGCGGGUACCUUGACUUUGGCGAGGACAACAACCAACACUAA